AGGAGGAUGAGGAUAAAAGAGGAUGAGGAAGAAGAAGAAGAAGAGGAUGAGGAUGAUGAAGAAGAAGAAGAGAGGAUGAGGAUGAAGAAGAAGAAGAGGAUGAGGAUGAGAAGAGAAGAGGAUGAUGAAGAAGAAGAGGAUGAGGAUGAGUAAGAAGAAGAAAAGAAGAAGAGAAGAGGAUGAGAAGAGGAUGAAGAAGAAAGAAGAAGAAGAGGAUGAGGAUGAAGAAGAAGAAGAGGAUGAGGAUGAAGAAGAAGAAGAAGAAGAAGAAGAAGAAGAAGAAGAAGAGGAGGAGGUAGAG